UUUUAACUUCUGAAACGAUGAAUGUGGAGACAGUGUGGCGGAGAUGGCAAAAGGAAGUCACGGUUGCAGAUGUGGAUGCAAAUGCAGCACAACAGGAUGAAACAGAAUUAAGCUCACUAUUUAGGUGUGGUAAUAUUUAUUCACACAGAUCAGCAUCAGAUGAACCGAAAUCAGAUCUUCGGCUCGUUUUGCUGGGUGGAGAUUGCACUGAUAACGGUCACGCAUCAAGCAUAAUACUCAGGUCUGUUCACAUGAAGUUAGCAAUCCAUCCGAAGAAAGGCAACAUUAGAGAAGGGACCAUUGAUGGAAGGCAGGUCUCUGUAUUUGUGGCUCCUUCCUACUGGAUGAACCACUUGUCCUCGUAUAUGAUUUUCUCGAAUGGAGUCGAGUCCAUCAGAGACGAGAUUCAAAACUGUACAUCACUAACGUUUCCUGGCCCUCAUGCCUUCCUGCUAGUGAUGCGAGCUGGACAUACUACGGGGAAAGAACAUCAUCUUUUAAAAGCGAUAACCUACAUGUUUGGAGCUGAGGCUUUACGGUACACCAUGGUAUUAUUUGUGUAUGGACAUGAAUGGGAAAAUCCAACAGAUGCCCUAAAGAACCGCUGUGUGAAGAUGUGUGGAGCACGAUAUUACUUUUUGGAGAACAGCGAUGAGAAUGUCCAGGAGCUUUUCGGAAGAGUCGAGGGAAUGAUGCGGAGGGAAAAAAGCAGAUUUUUUAUUCAGCACUCAUACGAAAACCUCAUGAUGAUGUAUUUUCAACCUUGGGAAAGGGCUCGGGUGUACAAGGAAACUGAAUUAAAAAGAGAACUGGAAGAACUGAAGACAGAACUGGAAGCAUCCAGACGUCGUGAGUGUGCGUUACAGGAGGAUCUGGAUGCAGCUUCGUGUAGUGAGAAACAAUUAAGGAAGGAGAUGGCCGUGCUCAAAGGCAGUGAGGCAGGACAAUGGGAAUGUCUACGGCACAACAGCAUAGAGUUUACACCACCAGUCAUGACAGAAAAUCAGAAUAUCACGCCUCUAGAUGACCUUUAGAUGACGUGGAAAGAAAGAAAUUUGGUGAGUAUGAGUAUUUUCACAUAAACCAGAGCUAUGAAAUUAAAGAUAACAACAACAACAAUAAUGCGGGUCAGCUGUAAGUUAAUAUUUCAACUAAUGUUAGCAAAAAUCACAUUAUUCCUUAGUUGUAAAUGCAGAUUAAAUUAACGUUUGAAGCAGAAACAGCAAAU